AUGCUAUCCAGGCUCGGAUCUAAAGCCAAUGUACUGGUGAGCAGGAAUCAGGCGAGGUUUUUACAUGCCUUUCCUCGUCUUUCCGCUGAAGAAACGGCCAAUGCAACAGUGUCGAAAUUAAGCAAAGAUCAGUUGAAGAAACGAGAAAUUAGAAGACUAGCACAGCGUAAGGCCGCUGCAAGACGGCCUGCAAGUGACCAUCCGUUGUAUAUGUCUGUGAACAAGGCGCUUCGAUUCCUGAGGGCCGCUGAAGUUGGCCAGCCACACUCACAACAAACGCUGAGCGUAACGACAGCUGUGAUAUCCGAAAGAGGAGCUCCUCCUUUGAGCGGGAACUUGUCGUUUCCAAACGCUCUGAAAGAGGUCAAGGUGGCUGUAUUCACAAACGACGAGCAACAAGUGAAGCUGGCACGCGACAAAUACAAUUGUCACGUUGUUGGUGGUGCGGAACUGGUAGAACAAAUAAAAACAGGGGAAGUGGCUAUCGAUUUUGACAAAAGUUUUGCCACGCCUGACAUUGCUCCCAUGCUAGCCUCGCAGCUGGGUCGUAUUCUUGGCCCUCGCGGCCUUCUUCCAGCCGCCAAAAAAGGCACUGUUUCGGACAAUUUGGAUUCGCUGCUGGAGGGCAGCAUGGCAUCUUUGCCCUUCAGACAACGGGGCAACAGCGUCAGCAUCGCUGUAGGAAAGUGUUCAUUCACGGACAAGCAGAUGCUGGAAAAUCUAGUAGCAGCCCAAAGAGGAGUCAAGGCCGCAUUGGCCAACCAGAAGACCAAAAAACCCAGUCUUCUGGGUCAAACCAUUCUCACGUCCACCCACGGUCCUGGAAUUGUGAUCGAUUUUGCAUGA